GAGAAAUACAAACAAUGAAAUUCGCAUGAAGCAGUAAUAAAUGCAAAACCAUCCCUUCUCCGUGAAAACAAAGUCGCUUUCAUCAGUGUCGCUAUCGUUCAGAUCAAUGAUAGGUUCAUCUUGAAAACGGACAUCCUCGCUAUCAACACUUGUGUCUGAUGCCGUUUCAUAUAUAUCGAUGUUCCUUUGUGGGAUCUUGUAACGUGUCAUAUCAUUUCGAGAGGAACCCUUCAUUCAGAUAACUGGUAUUUGCGGCUAGUUGAAAGGCCGAUGCCGCAAGGCGGUAUAUACUAAUUUCCUGUUCCAGAGGCAGGCAUGAGAUGCCGAGGGGGAAAUUGGAAAUGACUACUUGCAUGUAUUCUUUGAGCUGCCUUUCCUUUACGAUUUUUAUUCCCUGCUGUCUUCUGUGCUGGCCACCAGUCUUCUUCUUCGAAAUACACGGCACUUCUGGCCAAUGGCUCCUGCUUGCUUUACAAUAUAAUUCUUGUAUUAUAAUAUCAGCGCCAACACUUCUUCACAUUCAUCCAUAGAUUCAUUGAAAUCUACAGCAUCGUCAGGGAGGUAAGUGUUGGCUUCUCUUGUUACAAAGACGACGCUUUCAAGAUAUUGCGCGCUGAAUAAAUUACCAGAGAGGCCGACAAAAUCCAAACCGAUUACUGGUUCACCAGAAUUCAAGGUAGGGAUACUUGAAAGUAUACUCUUGCUAGUACGGAUAUAUUUUUAUUUUGUUGGAUUGUAAUAAAAUCAGCGUUUGCAUCUAUUUUCUUGAAUUCCACAUUCGAUAAUUCAAUUGCGAUUGACUGAUAUUGUUUCGACAAUCAAAUCGAUUUUUCUG